AUGGACGUCUCUCAAGCAGGCCAUCACGGGGUCAGGUGGAGUGCUGAUCCACCUAAUACACAAGAGCACCCCUGUUCUGUCCUGAGAGCCUGUGGGGACCACCAAGGAAGAACACCAACUCCAGUUGGCAUCUCCCAGGCACACCUUCACGGCUGGCAUGUUGAUGCACCUAACACACAAGAGAACACCUUUUCUGUACUGAGACCCUUGGGGGACCACCAAAGACAACCACGAAGUGCUCAAGGAAUCUCCCAGGCACACCAUCAGAGCUGGUCUCUCGAUCCACCUAACACACAAGACCACGCAUUUUCUGUCCCAAGACCCUUGGCGGACCACCAAGAAAGACCACAAGAUGCUGCAAGACAGGAAAUUCCAGCCCUGGGUCCUUUACGAAAUCAAUGUACAUCUGUAGAAAGGGCAAUUAUGGAAAAGCUGGAGAAAAUGGACAUGAAGAUCAACCACCUGACUUCACUUGUGCAGUCUAUAACAGGAAACAGACGCGCUUUACCCCAGAUGGAAAUGGCCGAAGAGGAAGAGAGUGGUGUCUUUCCUCUAGCAAGCAUUGCUGAUCUAGAUAGGCUAGAGGAAAAACUUGCAGAAAAAGGAUUUAUGCAGAAAAUGGUUAACAGAUUAUCCCUCAGUGGAGGCCCCAAUAUGAAGAAGACUGUGUGGAGGAUUUGCUUCAAAGUUUUCACGACUGUCGUCGCACGGCAACUCAACUGGUGUGGAAGAGGAGGAAAAAAAGGCCUUCGUAAAACAAACUUCGGAGCACUCUUAAUAGGUAAGCUAAAAUACAUUGAAAUAUUGAAAUCCGGUCCUUGAAGGCCCGUGAUCUGAAUAGUGUAUUUCCAACCCUAAUCACACACCUGACCACGCUAAUUAAAGUACUCGAUCUGGACUACUUCAAAAUGCUGAACAGAUGUUGGAUUAGGGCUGUAAAGUGAAAUAAACUAUGUUAGUUCACUACUUCGGCCCUACAAUACAAUUAUUAAAUAUAGUUGUUAUGCACAGA